CCUCAGUUGCAGCUUGGUUAUCAUCAGUAAAACAUCCUUUCAUACCAGCAGUGCUUACAGUGUAGUACCAGAAUCAGUGUGCGUUAACGAGUUUCGCGUGUAUAAGUGUAUCUGAAAGUGCAUUACGCACUUUUAAAGCUAGCAAAACAAAAUGUGCAACCGAACCAUCAUUGCGGAGCUCCUGCUCGUUGUCGCACUGGCGACAUCCGCUUUUGGUGCUACGGGAGGAUGCUCGUGGCGAGCAAGCAGUAGCUGGUUUGGUGGAGAAAUUUGUGUCCUGCAGAAGGUUUACGACGAUUGCCAAGAGACAGCGGACUUUACCGAGUGCCUCAAGCAAAAAGCGGUGACCUCCAUCUCCCGUGCCAUCGAUUCGGAUUCCAUCCAACUGGUGGAUGGAGUAACUCUUGUCAAGCAGAAGAACGUGUCCGCUGACGAGAACUCUGAGAGCACCAUCCUCGGAUUGUCCGAUGCUCGAUCGAUGGAAGGUCUCGGUGAAACGGAUAAGGCACUUGUUCAGAAGAUUGACAAGUUCCUCAAGACCCACACCAUCAGCUUCGAUUUGUCCGAAGCGCGAGGAAGUGGUAACAAAAAGAAUGGCAGCCGCUACGUCAUUGCUGCCCUCCUGACCGCCAUGGGUAUUGCUGGACCUAUUGGUCUGAAGACCCUCGGAGCCAUCGCAUUCAAGGCCCUGGUUAUCAGUAAAGUUGCCCUCACCAUCGCUAGUAUCAUGGCACUGAAGAAGAUCUUCAAGGCCGAUCAUCACGAGGAAACCAGCUUCCAGGUGCACACUGGCCACGACAAUCGCCGAGCCACCUACUUUGUGCGUCCGGUUCGGGCAAACGAUCCCUAUCGGUACUACUAUGAACAACCAGCACAUUAAUCUAAAAUGACCCGAAAUCAUGUGAAUACUUACAACGAUCGUGUUACUGUUAUCAAAAAGUUACGUGUUAUCAAAAGCAAGCUUAACUCCAAGACGCCAAAUGAUGAUAUUGAGUUCAUAUAAUUUAACUACUUUAACACGCCGCUCGAAGCGGCCAAUGUAAUUUCAUUAUCAGACAGACACAUCCCACACCCGGACACUCCAAAUGAUGCCACUAUCAACAGAAUAUUUAAACAUGUGGGAGCCACUACCAUGGUUGCAACAUCCUAGCAUUGAACAUUGAAUUAGUUUAGGUUCAUUGGAAUAUUUAUUUAUUUAUUGAACGGAGACACAAAUUCAGGUUUUUGACAAGACAAGUUUGUUUUGCAGUGUAACGUUAAGAAAGGAAUUGUGCAAUAAAAUCUUUAAAAAGAA